UCCACGUGAAUUUCUGGCUCCAGACGUUGCUCAGGAUUGAAUGAAAUACAGGUUUCAAAAUUGAUGUCAGCACAGUCCGUGAGGAGACAGGAGAAAGGCUGCAAGUUCUGAUCAAUUCUUGAAAUAUUAGGGAAGAGUGUUGGAUAUGAGACCGUGGCUGGAGCUUCUCAUUUUCUUCUCUCUGCUUCUUGGUGUUUUAACCAGCAUGAGGGAUUGCCAGGAGAAUGAGUAUUGGGAUGUCGAUGGGACCUGCAAAGUUUGUAAAGAAUGUGGACCUGGAAUGGAAUUGUCGAAGGACUGUGGGUUUGGAGUUGGGCUCGGUACAGAGUGUGUGAUCUGUGGGCCCAACAGGUACAAAGACAGCUGGGGCCGGCAGAAAUGCAAACUGUGCCUUUCUUGUGCGCUCGUGAAUCGGAUUCAAGUAAAGAACUGCACGGUGUCUCGCAACGCUGUGUGUGGGAAAUGCUCACCAGGAUUUUAUAGGAAGACCCGGCUUGGCGGACUGCCAGAUAAAGAGUGCAUUCCCUGCACAGAUCCAGCAACUCCCCGUGACCCUCAGUGUGUCUCCAGAUUGGAUGUGACAAGGGUCUUGAGCCCUGACACUGGUCCUUACAACACUGCCCUUGUAGCUGUGAUCUGUAGUGUCCUGACGACGGUGUUGCUGACCACCCUGCUGCUCUGUCUCAUCUACUGCAGAAAGCUGGUCGCAGAAAAGCAGAACAACGGACACCCAAGAGCCCCCGUGACCGAGAGAGCCAGAAUGGAAUCUUCAUGUUCUGAGGGACAAGUGGAUGACGCGAGCACUGAGAGUUUAAUCAUACACUGUCAGAAGGUCACUUCGGAUUACAAUACAGCACAGCCUGAAGCACCAGCAGAUGUGAUUCAGUCUGAAGAUGCACCAUGUACAUUAAAAUCCUGUAUCGUGGCCUAUUUCUCUCCAUCAGGAUCUCAAACCAAAGGCAGGAGUGCAGUUACGUGUCCUGCGUUCUCCAGUUCUUCACAAAAUUGCUGCCAGGUUGAUACGCCUGAAUUCCAACAGCUGGCCCACACUUCUGAUUGCUCUGCUCUUUGUCGACCUGCAUGGACCUCAAACUGUGAAGUGAAUGGUGAAUUCCUUCUGGGACACAAUGAUGAUGCUGAUGCUUCAUUAGGACAAGCAGGAGGUGAGAUGUCCCACUGUGCUUCGGUGUUGCAAUACAGACAGGAGCAUACUCCAGUGGAAUGUACAGAGCUAGAUCUUCAAGAGUAUCUGACUGAUGCUGUCGCUCAGGAAACUACAGCAUACUCCCAGGCUUCAAGACCACAUGAAGGGCCAACUGCAGCAUCCUGUAGCUUUGGAUCUGGUCCUUGUACAAAAGAGUCAUGCAUGUGGGAUCGUGAUGAGAGCAGACCAGAAGAAUGCUCCAGCAGUAGAUGUGGUAACUCUGAGCACCGCAAUCUAUCCACUGGAACUAUUCGGGUUGGUGACUUAGAAAAUCUGCUCAACCAUGCAAGUGGGCUGACUCAAGGUGUGCACAUUUAGCUCCUUUACAGUUUGCUUGAAGCUUGGGAACUUAAGCUGAAGAUCUCCCCGUUGAGAAUGAAGAGUUACAACAUUUAGAAAAUGGGAAUUCCCAGUAAAUGCUGAAUGACAUGAAGGGGCUUGAAUCUCCUUUUGCUACUAUGGCUCAUGUUUCCAGGCAGUGAUUCCUAAAGCUAGGAAAACCCAUUGCCAUUACACAUCUUGGGUGAAUCUAGUAUUUCAUCAAAAUGCAUCAAAAAAUGGAGCGAAUAAUUUGCGAUAUUAAGGGUUCAGUUUUAAUUCCAUGCUAACAUGGUGAAAUGUAUCUGGAAGCUUCAAAGGGUUUGCACAGUUUGCUGUCAACCAUGAAGAUAAUUGAUCUUUAGUAAUAUAAGCGAUACAGGAUCUUGUUACUUUCUUAAAGUUAAAAGAUGCAUAAACAACUUGGUUACAAUCCUCAACUUGAUCAUCUGAGGCUGCAUUUCUGUCUCUGCUCUUCCAAUAGCGUCUUUCUAUCGUGGAAUUAAUUUUAAGAUGAUGCUGUUGUUUACCUUUUGUUGGUAUCUACUGCUUUUACCUCAACAGUCCCUGUAUAUACAUAUAAUAACAGCACCUGAAACGGGUCUAAAGAAACUCAGUCAAAAUGCCAUAUGAGGGCUGAUGUUAUUUGUCUGCUUUAAACACAAACAAGUUCAAAUUCCGAUUAACUCUGUAGUGAACUAUAUUACACACAGACUGGAGAUCUGAAAGGCAAACUUAAUACUGCGAUCCAAGUCUGAAGAAUUUAACGUUAGAUAUUAGCAGUUUUUUGAUAAUU